AAACCUCCACUUGCAAGCUUCCUACUGACUUGCCUUCACUACGAAGAACACUUCAACUCAGCAACUCUGACCAUAUAAAUGUCUUUGAGUCGUUCAGUCAGCACAAUGGAAAGGCUUCUAGUUGUGCCUCGAAGUACUGUACCUGUUAUACUCGUGGUGAACAAGGCACCAUAUCAAGGAUGGUGUGCCCGGUUCGGCCAUUCCAAUUUUCCGCCCAACUCGAGACUCGGUCUAAGCUUCACAUAACGCUGCUCUUGGUGUUAGUCGAUAGUCUCACCCCUUCGUCUUGACUGUCACCCUGACUUGAACGUAUCGUCUUUGCCACGUCUAGAGAAGUGGGAACUCGAACAAGCUUUCGCCCGCUCGACUGCGAAUAAGUAACUUCUGUUGUCCCAUCUUUCAAGUGCUCUCCCGUCCGGAUUUCACGGCUUCCGGGUAGUGUGGCGUCAAGGAAGUCAAUUCUUCAAAUACUUUGGGAAAGCAGUGGUGGUCGUCUUGACAACUCGCUUAGUCGAGGGUCCUUAGAAUAGCUCAAGUCACCGAGGUUGGACAGUGUGGCGGUGAGUGUCAGAUCUGUUACUUAUUCGCAGAGAUAAAGGUAGCGGGAGGUAGCAAACGAAGCGUUGAGUCUUAUUAAAGACUACGGUCAUCCAGAGUGCUCGACGGGGUCGACGUCACUCUUAUCUUACCCAGUUGAUUGUGGUGACCUCGUUGUAAUUGCUGUUUAAUCUAGUGAUUCUAACAACGUUAACACCAAUCGUCACGGCUAUCCGACACGCCACAUUGUCAUGUCAUGACUUUGAACUCAGAGUUUUCUGUAUCCCAGACACUAACGUUUUCUCUGCUUCGCGUAGAGCAAUGGGUGAAGACCAAUCCAGCACACUGAUAUACGCCUUAAUUGCUUUGGCUACUGUCAUCUACUUCGCCAGACUGCUAAAGCCUGGACAAUCAAGCUUGCGCGGAAUUCCUGCUAUUGGUCCUACUGCGCCCAUCCUAUCGUACUACGGUGCGAUUCAGUACUUAUCCCGAGGCCGGGAAAUGGUCCAGGAAGGUUAUGACAAGUAUAAGGGUGGUGCAUUCAAGGUUCCGGAGCUAUUCAGGUGGCAUGUCGUUGUGACUGGUCAUAAGUUGAUCGAGGACCUGCGGAAAGCUAGUCCUGAUGAGCUUAGUUUCAACGAAGCGUCUGCCGAGUUUCUUGCGGUCGACUUCACGUUGGGACCAGCGAUUCACCAGAAUACUUACCAUGUCCCCAUUGUUAAGAACCAACUCACUCGGAAUAUCAGUACAUUACUUCCUGAGGUUAAGGAUGAACUUCAAGUGGCUUUUAAUGACCUUAUCCCUCCUACUGACGAGUGGAUUAAGGUUCCUGCGCUGAAUACGGUGAUGCAAAUUAUCUGUCGGGUAAGCAACCGCGUAUUUGUUGGACUUCCCAAAUGUAGAGACCUUGAUUAUCGAGCUCUGAACAUCGAGUUCACCGUCGGCGUCAUGAAAGGCGCUUUCGUUAUCAAUAUGUUUCCCAAGCUACUUCGACCCCUUGCUGCUCGCCUUCUCACCAACGUACCCACAAACAUCUCUCGUGGAGUCAAGCACUUGGAACCCAUCAUUCGGGAACGUUUUAGGCUGAUGGAGGAGUAUGGUACAGAUUACGAUGGAAAACCCAACGAUAUGCUUAGCUGGUUUAUGGACGAAGCGAAAGGCGAGGAACGGAGUGUUCGAGCUCUAGUCCUUCGCAUUUUGACUUUGAACUUUGCUUCUAUCCACACAACAUCGAUGAGUUUCACCCAUGCGCUUUAUCACCUUGCAGCUAACCCCGAAUACCUUGCGCCAUUACGUGAGGACGUCACUCGGGCCAUCAAGCAAGAAGGUUGGACGCGAGAUGCUUUGCAGAAGAUGCUUAAGGUAGAUAGUUUCUUGAGGGAAUCGCAUAGGCAUCAUGGGAUCGGAUCAUUAACGAUGACACGGAAGGCAUUGAAGGAUUUCACUUUCUCCGAUGGAACAUUCAUCCCUAAGGGCGCUUUCGUAUCGGCCGCGGAAGCACCCACACAUUUUGACGAAGCCAACUAUGAAAAUUCUGAGGUCUUCGAUCCUUGGCGAUUCGUCAGCAAUGACGGCAACAAUAUUGAAGGUGUGAAGAACCAGAUGGUCAGUACGAGUACGGACUACGUUACUUUCGGACAUGGAAGAUUUGCAUGUCCUGGACGUUUCUUCGCCGCAAACGAGUUGAAGGCUAUGAUGGCUCACCUCGUUCUUACUUACGACAUCAAGAUGGAGAAUGAAGGCGUGAUUCCCGAACCGGUUUGGUACUCUAUCAAAGUUCAACCCAACCCUACCGCCGAAGUCAUGUUCCGGAGAAGACAAUCUUGACCCCCUGCGAACCGUUGCUGGUCUGAGACCCGGUUGUAUCAAUAAUGAUAUUAGAUCCAUGUAUGGAGCUUUCUGGAUUAUUUUGUUUAUGACUAAUAACGAUUCUGGCGCCACUGACCUGGAUCAGAAGAACUUGUGUAUGAACAUUGCUGGGUCAGUGCCAAUGUCAAUGAAACCACUCGGUAUCAUGCAGGUGAAAUGUAAAGUGGAUAGCGACUUUUCCUGAAUCAGCAGUCACUUCGGAGGUC